AUGAAAUACUUAGCUGCUUAUUUAUUAUUAGUUCAAGGUGGUAAUGCUACUCCAUCAUCGUCAGAUAUUUCAUCUUUAUUGGAAUCAGUUGGUGUUGAAGUUGAAGAAUCAAGAUUAUCAAAAUUAUUAGCUGAUUUAGAAGGUAAAGAAAUCUCAGAAUUAAUUGCUGAAGGUAACACUAAAUUAGCUUCAGUUCCAACUGGUGGUGCUGCUCCAGCUGCUGGUUCAUCAUCUGCUGUUGCUGGUGGUGCUGCUGAAGAAGCUAAAGAAGAAGAAAAAGAAGAAGAAAAAGAAGAAUCCGAUGAUGAUAUGGGUUUCGGUUUAUUCGAUUAA